AGAGGGAAGUAUCAGGUUGCUGUACUUCGGCUGUGGGUUGUCACUGUCUAAUAAUAUGACCGUCUUGCCAUCUCUCUGCAAAUAAGGCAGAAGCUGCUACCUGAUUGGUAUAACAUCUCACUUACCCUCCUCAUUGAUUUUCUUGUUCUCCUCCUUUGCUUCAUAAAAAGAGGGACCAGUGGCUGGUGCUGUGGACAGAGACGCUUGGUUUUUAGUAUGAGACAGCCUCUGUUUUCUUUCAGGAGAGGGAAGUUGGAUUAUCAAUUCUUUUGUAAAUGUGUAUGGUGAUAUUUGCUCCGCUUUUUGCCAUCUUUGCAUUUGCAACAUGCGGUGGCUAUUCCGGAGGCCUGCGGCUGAGUGUGGACUGCGUCAACAAGACGGAAAGUAACCUCAGCAUCGACGUAGCGUUUGCCUAUCCAUUCAGGUUACACCAGGUGACGUUUGAGGUGCCCACCUGCGAGGGGAAGGAGCGGCAGAAGGUGGCCCUGAUUGGUGACUCCUCAUCUUCAGCUGAGUUCUUCGUCACUGUCGCUGUCUUCGCCUUCCUCUACUCCUUGGCCGCCACUGUCGUUUACAUUUUCUUUCAGAACAAGUAUCGAGAAAACAACCGGGGUCCACUCAUCGACUUUAUCGUCACUGUAGUCUUUUCAUUCUUGUGGUUGGUGGGUUCCUCAGCUUGGGCGAAAGGGCUGUCUGAUGUCAAGGUUGCUACAGAUCCCAAAGAAGUGUUGUUACUGAUGUCAGCUUGCAAACAACCGUCCAACAAGUGCACGGCCGUCCACAGCCCUGUGAUGUCCAGCCUGAACACUUCCGUGGUCUUUGGAUUCUUGAACUUUAUCCUCUGGGCUGGAAACAUCUGGUUUGUUUUCAAGGAGACCGGCUGGCAUUCCUCGGGACAGAGAUAUCUUUCAGACCCAAUGGAAAAGCACUCCAGUAGCUUCAACCAAGGUGGAUACAACCAAGACAGCUAUGGCUCGAGCAGUGGGUACAGCCAGCAGGCGAGUUUGGGGCCAUCCUCAGAUGAGUUUGGCCAACAGCCCAGUGGCCCUGCCUCUUUUACCAACCAGAUUUAACAGGGUGAUGUUGGAAAUCUUUGGAAGAUAGUCUUACCACUUUCCAUGUCAGUGGCAGAAGAAUUUUUUAAGAGUUUCAAUUAUUAAUGCAGAGAGUGUUGAAUGUAAAUCAGAGAUCUGUAGUCCUCAUUAAGGCAGAAAGGCCUGAGUUGUGAUAAAUGGUACUGAGAGAUAAGAUGACAUGAGGAGAUAGAUUAUUCAUUAUGGAUGGCUAAUUGGAGAGUACCUUGUUAUAUACACAGGUACGUUUAUGGUCGUUUUGUAUGCGUGUCGAGAUAGAAGCAUUUUGUAGCUUGAAGUCUCUAGUAUGUAAUAUGCAAAAAGCCAAUUAAAUAGCAUUGAGUUUUCUUAUGCAUUUUGAUGCGAAAGAUGUUUUAACGAUUUCUCGGAGAUGAUUUGGUGCAUCACAACGUGCAUGUAUUAUUAUUUUUAGUUGCAGGCCCUGUAGGAUUGUGAAUCUCUAAGUAUUGGUUUUAGACAAUUACUCUGUAUUUUUUUUAUUUGUGAAUCAAUGCUCAUAUGAUUUAGUGCAUGAAUAAGCAUUUCCUCACACAAUGAACAUUUGAACUGUAUUUAUGAAAAUUUUCCAGUUUGCACCAUGAAUUUGUUAAAUGGACGUUUAAAGAAAUAUAUUCACUACUUUGCAUUCUUGCAAAUCUGUCUCUCUGGCUUUAUCCAAUUUUGAAUGCAUUGUAACUAAGGUUUGGGUUUUUUCUCCUGAUUAGUAGAUAUUCAGUAUUCUAGAUGGUAAUUGCCCAAUAUUUAUUCUAUUUAGUUAGCUAAAUAUUUACAUUCUUGUAACUUUCUAUGAUGUGUUGUGGUUCUUAUCCUAUGGACUGUGAACAAUAAGCCCACUAACUGUUUGUUGAUGGAGAGUUUUUUUCCUUAGAAUAAUGGAGAUGCAGCUAUUAGACACCAUAGUCAAGAAGAUAUCAAGCUGAUAGAUUUAUGUGUGAAGGACAUUCUGUGGAAGCUUCACUACCAACUAAAUGAAUAAAUCCUAUUUAUUUCCAAAGUUAAUAUGUUCCUCGAACCAAUUAUUAAAAAUUCUCGUCUCAACUCAACUUACAAAGUCUGAUUUGAAUGUUACCCAUAAAUUAAAAAUGACUUCUAUGAACCACUCUGUAUCCCAAAGAGUGUUCUCAUUAAAUAUUCCUCAGAAUGUAUUAAUUAUCAAGAAAGUGUCCAUCUUCACCUCUUUAACUCAGUUGAAACACCAGGGCCCAGCAGUGAGGGCAAGCUCAGCAUCUCUAUUUUCAGAUAAAAGUCAUUAUCAAUGUACAAACCCAUUGUGUGAUCUGUGAUGCUGGAAACAUUUUAGCACAAAGCAGAUGUAUGUCUUAGAUGAUAUCUGUAAACAGUUUCUGGAUCCUGUUGGAUAAAUCUGUAUUGUGAUAUAUAUUUGAACUUAAUAAAGUUAUUGCAUACAA